AGUGUAGAUCUGGAUGACCGCCACAAAUCUGAGUUUAGAAGAGUUUUUAGUUCUUCCAUCAUUGAAAAUGGUCAUCAGUCUUCAUCAGUAGGCCAGGCAAAAGUCUCCCGUGAACUGACCGGUUUUCACACGUCAGAGACGUCCCCUGAAGCCCAUGCCCCUGCAGUCACCUUACAGAUGCCCCAUCUUCCCGUUACUGCAGUAACCAGGAUACCAGAGAAGUUUUCAGGAGAGACCAUUUGUUCAACAGGAACAACUAAUGCAUCUGCUGGCCUGCUGGGACAGAGCAAGAGCAAAAAUGUGAUGGCAGUGAAAACGUCCAACCAGUCAGAGAAUACUACUUCUGUCACUAAACCUGUCUCAACUGUGAGCUAUGGGACGAGUAGUGGAACCAAAACUGGUGAAAGUGCCACUGACAGUUACUGUGAUGUGAACCCCAGCUCUCACUCCUCUCCUCCCCCUGUACAGCGCCAAGUUGAAAGGAGGCGAGAACUGGUGCGGUCUCAGACGCUCCCGCGGGUUACAGGAACACAGGCCAGGAAAGCGCUUUUCGACAAAUCCGAAUUCGGUGCUGGAAAAGGAAAAGGUGAAUCCAGAGCUAAGCUGAAGAGGUCACAGAGUUUUGCAGUUGCCAGCGCUAGCAGCAUUAAACAAAUUCUGUUAGACUGGUGUCGCUCAAAAACCAUAGGAUACAAGCACAUUGAUCUCCAGAACUUCUCCUCAAGCUGGAAUGAUGGGAUGGCAUUUUGUGCUCUUGUGCAUUCUUUCUUUCCUGAGGCUUUUGAUUAUAAUAAGCUGGACCCAGCUAACCGCAAGCAGAACUUUGAGCUGGCCUUCACCAUGGCUGAGAAAAUGGCUCACUGCGAUCGUCUGAUAGAAGUGGAUGACAUGAUGGUGAUGGGUCACAAGCCAGAUCCCAUGUGUGUCUUCACGUAUGUUCAGUCUCUAUACAAUCAUCUACGACGCUUUGAAUAA